AUGGCUGACAGAGGUGAGUCACAGACCAAGUGGCUGGCAGAGAUCAUGGGCGCGUGGGGCAAGCAGUUCGCGGGGUGGCAGAGGAACGCUGUGUGUGCGACCGCGUGGGGUCUCACCUGCAAGGAUGUGUCGGGGCGAGUAGCUUCCAUGGCGCUCCCAUCACAGCAGCUGAGUGGAGGUAUCCCAUCUGCCAUCAGCCACUUGACCUACCUCACACGCCUGGACUUAAGCUCCAACCAGCUCUCAGGCUCCCUCCCUGACUUCCUUGGUGCGCUGCUCAACCUUCAAUACCUGGACUUGAGCGGCAACUCAUUUGAAGGAGCCAUUCCCAGCAGCUUCAGCAACCUCGUGAACCCCCGCUCGCUCUCGUUGCACCACAAUCAACUCUCCGGUUCCAUUCCCCCUUUCAUCGACCAAGCCAAGCUCCUCUCCCUCGUGGAUCUGAGCAGCAACGGCUUCACAGGGCCCAUUCCGCCUCAGAUCGCCUCUCUCACCAACCUCACCACCUUAAGUUUGGGUGACAACAAGGGAUUGACUGGCAGCAUUCCAGAGGCAAUAGGCAACCUCACGUCCCUGGAGUCUCUCAAGCUGGGGUCAACUCAGCUCAAUGGCACCCUGCCUCUCAGCCUGAGCCGCCUCGCUCAACUCACCAUGCUCGACAUCAGCAACACAGCAAUCAGCGGCACAGUUCCUGCUUUUCUUGGAAGCCUCUCCGACUUCCUCACAUUCAUGAAGAGCAGCAGCAUGACAUGCAACAGCACUACCGACAGCAGCAGCAGCAGCAGUGUGUGCGCCCUGGUCAGCCCCUCAACAGUCUCCCGCAACUCAGCCUUCUGCCGGGAGUGCUCCGACCUCUGCUCCACGUGCCUCCCAGCCGCCCCCUCGCCCACCGACCCCUCACAACCCUCAGGGGGCUCCACCUCUGCGUCUACGGGGCUCAUUGUUGGGGUGGCUGUGGCAGUCGCCGUGCUGCUGCUGCUGCUGCUGCUGCUGGGCGGUGCUGUGGUGGUGGAGGAGGCAAAAGCUCGGGGAGAAGAAAGGCCCAUCACCCUUCACUGUCACUGUUGGGGAAGGCGAGGAGCCAAUCGACUGCCAGCAGUAUUCCAUAGAGGACAUGCGGAGGGCCACAGCGGACUGGUCAUCGCGGAACCGCAUCGGCACAUGGGGCUUUGGAGACGUGUUCAAGGGGGCAUCGCCGUACGACCCGACUGUGUUCUGGGCGGUGAAGAGGGCGCGCGUGCUUACAAACGACUUUCUGAAAGAG